AUGGCUCAGAACAUCCUUAUUACUGGCGCUGCCGGCUACGUUGGAGGGUCUGUCCUCGCCGAAUUUAUAUCUCGUACCAAGAGCCCAAUCAAGGCAGCGAACCUGCAUGCUGCAGUUCGCACGGAAGAACAGGUUAAGGCCUUGUCGAAGUUAGGCGUGAAUGUGAUCCAACUCGACCUUAGCGAUGAGGCAUCUGUGAUCACAGCCGUACUUCAGAACGAGAUCGACAUUGCCAUCCACACCGCGAGUUCUGCAGAUUCGAGCCUUUCGUCGAUAACUACCCUUUUUUCCGAAGACGGUGGAUGGACGUAUGGGGAGGUCAAGGACUCUGAUCCGAUAUAUGAAAAAGACAAGCAGAUAGGGAGAUCUCAUCCUGCUCGAGCAACCAAUCUCCUCGUCAUCGAACAGGCCAAAGAGCUAGGCGUUACGAGUUUUAUCGUUCCAGUGCCGCCCACCUAUGGAAGGGGCACCGGCGAAUGGAGGAAGUUGUCAGUAAACAUUCCAGCAUACGUCAGAGUCAGUAUCGCGAAUAAGGUUGUCUAUAAGUUUGACAGGAAUGGCAGCCCACCAGCACUGCAUAUAUCGGACUUGGUAACAAUUUACGCGUUAAUCGUCGAAAAGAUCCUGCAGAAAGAGCCCAUCCCAAGCGGUGAAGAGGGCUACUAUUUCGCGGCAGUCCAUAGGGCGCCCUGGUGGGAGAUCAUGCAACUUCUCGCUGACGGAUUAUACGCGCGUGGGUUGGUGAAGGAGCCCAAGGUACAAGUUUGGCCCAGCUACGACGAGGCCGCGGAUCAGCUAGGGCUCCCACGGCUGUACGUACGGGCUAUCGGGACCUCUAGCGGAGAUCUUGUUCCUGUGCAUCCGUACCAACUCGGAUGGAAGCCGCAAUGGGACCAGAAGAGGUUUCUGGAGAGUAUGGACGACGAGAUCCAGGCCGUGCUAGAUCUUGAUACAGUCAAGCCUACCCUCUUUGAUUCGCUAUAGACUUUCCCCAGCAAGGUAGCAGGCGCUGAAACAUUACCAUUAUUGGUUCGAUGUAACGAU